AUGGGUGUUCGAGUACAGCUCGUUGAUCUGGAACCAGGCAUCACCCACGACGUCCGCGUCGUCGGCUUCGUCGGGGACUACCACCACGUCUUCUACCAAGGUAACGUCCACACUGCUUACCUGCUUGUGCGCGACAGAGCAACCCUUUACCUCAAAUUGUUAGGUGGGGAAGCUACAGUUGGUGAGACAGAGAAGGAUGUGAAUGAAUUUCUCUUCGGAUCACUUGAUGUUCCAUUAGUGAACUUGGAGACGAGUCUGCGGAAUUAUGAACCUUCGGAUGUACCUUUUGAUAUAUCAUCUGUUCCGAAGGAGACAAAAUCCCAACCCCUUGCGGAGAAAAAGUCUACAGGCAAGAAAUCAGCAGGUCCGGCAUCUGCUGUCAGUGACCCUGUUUCUACAGUUGAUGCUUCGUAUGAGAAGCUUCUUUCGUCCAUUCCGGAAUUCGCUGAUUUUGGAAAGCUUUUUAAGUCAUCUGCACCUGUAGAAUUGACUGAAGCUGAGACUGAAUACUCAGUUAAUGUUGUGAAGCAUAUUUUUGAUGGACAUGUUGUGCUCCAAUACAACUGUACCAAUACAAUUCCUGAACAAUUGCUUGAACAGGUUAUUGUUUUUGUUGAUGCUUCUGAGGCUGAUGAAUUUUUAGAAGUUGCUUCGAAGCCUUUAGAAUCAUUACCAUAUGAUUCUCCUGGGCAGACCUUUGUCGUUUUUGAGAAGCCAGAAGGUGUCAUUGCUACUGGCAAGUUCUCAAAUAUCCUGAAAUUCAUUGUUAAGGAGGUAUAUAUUUUGUUUGCCGCUCCCCAUUAUCUUAUAUAUUUUAUGUGCAUUUUGUGUGAGAAGUGCCAUACAAUGCGGUGAACAUCUGCAAGUCUGUACCUUCAAGGUUUGAAUUCCUUCUUCAUAAGUCCAGUCCAGUUCUCGGUACAUAUUUUUAGCGAUGUUUAAGAAACCUUUUGCCCAUUACAUGUUUUGACAAUCUCACACUAAUGUGUCUUUACCAUUGGAUCAUGGCGCUCCAAUUUUAUGAGAUGCUAGCGAGCCAACGCAACUUGAUCUCUUCUCGUGUUAGCCAACGCAACUUGAUCUGUGCUUCUAAUCAUGACUAUGGACCUUCCUUCCUUCUUGUGCUAGCCAACACAACUUGAUCUCUGUAUGUAAAUAUCUUACUACAGUUCCCAGGUGCAGUGGCUGCUCUUCUUACGCCCACUGGUAGGUUAAUCUGGUUCUUAGAAUUUUCUAGCCGCAAAUUGUAUUGUUUAGUUACUUGGAUAGCUGACGUCUUUUGAUCACCAAAAUAUGUAAUUGAUUUCGUACUGUC